AUGACCCUGUUGUGUUCUAGGAUGGGUAAUGGCUUGGCCGAGGCUGAUACAUACAAAAAAAUCGACAAGAGGCAGGAGUACGAAGCUGUUCCAGUGGACCAAACUCAAAUCCUAGCAAAGAAAGUAAUCCAACACCCUGCCUUAACGCCUUUCCGCAAGUCCCUCUACCUGGCUCUCCUGCAGAUCCCGCCGGGUCAAUGGACAACCUACGCUGCGCUGGCCAAGCACACAAACUCCAGCGCUAGGGCGGUUGGGACGGCAAUGCGACUCAAUCCGUUUGCGCCGGGGGUGCCCUGUCAUCGGGUUCUGGCCAGUGAUGGAACGCUGGGUGGGUACAUGGGAACGCCGUCUGCAUCGGUCUCGGCGCGAUCAAAGGGCUCCGGGAAGGGAAUUGAAAAGGGAGGUAAUCUGGAGAGGAAGAGGAGGAUGCUUGAAGAGGAGGGGGUGAAGUUCGACUUGAAGGGACGCGUUAUAGGGACGGCUUUUGUCGCGUUUCGUUCUUAA